AUGACAGAGUCAAGUAACAAUGCCAAUUCAUUGCGAACAGGCGAAGAAUCUCCUUGGAAUAAUUCAAUCGAUAAACGUCAACCUGUUGUAGAAAAACUUAUACCCAUUAAAAUAAUUCCGAUUAAGUCUGAUGAUGUUUUUCAUAUAAGUUUACAAUCACCAGCUAAGACACAAAAAGAAAAUAAAAAUAAAACACUGACUCGUGGCAAUAAGCCAACGGAUCGUACUCGUUCUCAAUCAUCAACAGGCUCAACGAAUUAUCAUUUGGAAAGAUAUCAUCACCAUUAUCGUCAUCAUCAUCAUUCUCAUCAUCCACACCAUGAACAGCAACGACAGCAAGUACAACAGCCAGCACAACCUCUUGAUCAGUGUGAUAUGCGUUUAUUUAUUAUUCGACAUGGUGAACGAGUUGACCGAUAUUUUGGUUCAAAUUGGUUUAUGUCAGCAUUCGAUCAAUUUGGUCAAUAUCGUCCUUAUCAUACAAAUCUUCCACCAGAUUUACCAUACCGUUUAAAUCCAUAUUUUUGGGCAUUAGAUACGCCAUUAACACGUGAUGGCUUAAACGCUGCAGAACAUGUUGGCCGAGUAUUGAACAUGAAUAAAUAUAAACCAUCAUAUGUUUAUUCAUCACCAGCUAUGCGUUGCAUAUUUACAACAUAUCAAAUAUUAAAAGGCCUUGGAUUAGAACGAAAAUUAGCAAUACGCAUUGAACCUGGUCUAUUGGAAUUGGGUGCUGCACGAUUUGGUAUGCAUAUUUUUCUUAAAUCAAUUGAUUGGUAUAAUUAUGGAAUUAAUGUCGAUUUAUCUUAUCAACCUAUUAUAUCGACAGUGGCGUCAGUAGAGCGUGAAGAUGAAUAUUAUCUACGCUCUAAAUGCGUUGUACGCGAAAUCGAACAACGUCACGAAAAUGGAGAUUCUUCGUUAGAUAAUAUACUUAUUGUUGCACAUGCCACAUCACCUGAUACUUUAACAUGGGAUUUAGUUGGACGACAACCAAAUGUCUAUGAUUUAUUUGCUUUAUCAUUAAAUAUUGGUUAUCUUCAAAUGGUUAUAACUGAACGUAAAAAACAAAAUAAACUUUGGUCGCUAACACAAAUACCUUUACAAUCAGCAACAAUCAAAUGGGUUUAG